AUGUUUCACAUAAAAAGCAUAUUCUCAUGUCUGCUAUUCUGUCCUCAUUGCAAACAUAACAAUAUUAGGAAAAAGUGUUCUCUCCGUUUAAAGGAACUACUACUUCCCAGUAAUCUAAAUUAUGGAAAAUAAAUAAUAUUACCGUAAUUUAAAAUGUUUCUGUUCUACCUGAAAAUAGUCAACCAUACUGUAUUUAGGCGUUCAGAAAGAUACCUGAAAUAUACUAGCACCAGCUGUGGGAAAGUAUCAGGACACAAAAAUAGAUCUAGAAACCUACUUUGGAAAAAGUCAAAGCGUUUAUUUCUACUACUGAGCCACAGAGGGAGCUAGUAUAUUUCAGCUCCAUUUUGGAUGCCGUAAUACAGUAUAUAGGUAGUUAUCUUCAGGUAGAAUACGUUGUUACAGGAUUUUAAACUUUUGCGCGGGGCGAGUAGUUUGAGAGUGGUUAAGCAAUUUUGA